CACCCGCGGGGGGUCCCUCCAAGAUGGCGGCGCAGAGGAGGAGCCUGCUGCAGAGUGAACAGCAACCAAGCUGGACAGAUGACCUGCCGCUCUGCCACCUCUCUGGCGUUGGUUCGGCCUCCAACCGCAGCUACUCUGCCGAAGGCAAGGGCACCGAAAGCCACCCACCGGAGGACAGCUGGCUCAAGUUCAGGAGUGAGAACAACUGCUUCCUGUAUGGGGUCUUCAAUGGCUAUGAUGGCAACCGAGUGACCAGCUUCGUGGCCCAGCGGCUGUCUGCCGAGCUCCUGCUGGGCCAGCUCAGCGCCGAGCACACCGAGGCGGACGUGCGGCGCGUGCUGCUGCAGGCCUUCGAUGUGGUGGAAAGGAGCUUCCUGGAGUCCAUCGAUGACGCGUUGGCUGAGAAGGCGAGCCUCCAGUCCCAGCUGCCAGAGGGUGUCCCUCAGCACCAGCUGCCUCCUCAGUAUCAGAAGAUCCUCGAAAGACUCAAGGUACUGGAGAGGGAGAUUUCGGGAGGAGCCAUGGCUGUCGUGGCGGUCCUGCUCAACAACAAGCUCUACGUCGCCAAUGUCGGUACAAAUCGUGCCCUUUUAUGCAAAUCCACGGUGGACGGGCUGCAGGUGACCCAGCUGAACGUGGACCACACCACAGAGAACGAGGACGAGCUCUUCCGCCUCUCUCAGCUGGGUUUGGAUGCAGGAAAGAUCAAGCAGGUGGGGAUCAUCUGUGGGCAGGAGAGCACCAGACGCAUCGGGGAUUACAAGGUCAAAUAUGGCUACACUGACAUCGACCUACUCAGUGCCGCCAAGUCCAAGCCGAUUAUCGCGGAGCCCGAGAUCCACGGUGCGCAGCCCCUGGAUGGGGUGACUGGCUUCCUGGUGCUGAUGUCGGAGGGGCUCUACAAGGCUCUGGAGGCGGCCCACGGGCCCGGGCAGGCCAACCAGGAGAUCGCCGCCAUGAUCGACACCGAGUUCGCCAAGCAGACUUCCCUGGAUGCCGUGGCCCAGGCCGUGGUGGACCGGGUGAAGCGCAUCCAUGGGGACACCUUUGCCAGCGGUGGCGAGCGUGCCAAGUUCUGCCCGAGGCACGAGGAUAUGACCCUGCUGGUGAGGAACUUUGGCUACCCACUGGGCGAGAUGAGCCAGCCCACACCGUCCCCGGCCCCAGCUGCAGGAGGACGUGUGUACCCCGUCUCCGUGCCGUACUCCAGCGCCCAGAGCACCAGCAAGACCAGCGUGACCCUCUCCCUUGUCAUGCCCUCCCAGGGCCAGCUGCUCAAUGGGGCCCACAGCGCCUCCACCCUGGACGAAGCCACUCCCACCCUCACCAACCAGAGCCCGACCCUGACGCUGCAGUCCACCACCACGCACACACACAGCAGCAGUUCCAGCUCGGAUGGAGGCCUCUUCCGCUCCCGGCCCGUGCACUCCCUCCCGCCUGGUGAGGGCGGCCGUGUGGAGCCUUACGUGGACUUUGCUGAGUUUUACCGCCUCUGGAGCGUGGACCAUGGCGAGCAGAGUGUGAUGACGGCACCAUAGCCCCAACUGGGGGAUGUGGCCCGAGCAGGACCAAGCCUGGGGACAAGGGGGCCCAGAGCUCUGGGGCCGGAUGGGCCUUUUCCUGUGGUCUGCCUUUGCCGUGCGGGCCCAGGGAGUGCCCAGUCCUCAGCCUGCACCACGCUCGCACCCCGCCGUCCUCGGUGCUGCAGAGAACGUUCUCUGGGAGAGCAGCCCUGCACACCGGCCCUGGCCCCCGGCACCGGCAACGGGGGGCUGGAGGCCCCUCCCCAGGCAGACUCAGCCAGGACCGUUGCUGUUUCUCAGACAGACGGCUCAGGGCAGAAGCCGUGCUGGCCGGGGAGCGAGGGGGGCGCCUGCCGUGUGGGGCACAGCGCGAGGUGUUCUGCGGCCCAGCAUGCCAUGGGUCCGGCAGCCGCCGCUUUCUCUGCCCCUGCAGCCCUGGGUGGGGGUUCCCCCCUUCCUUCCUCAGCCUCCAGAGUGGAGCCCCAGGGGGCACCUGCACCUUCGAAGCCUGCGCCCAUCCCUGGGCCUCCCCAGGUUGUUGCCAGUGGUCAGUGUUCAGGAAGUCCAAGGGAGGCGUGGGGAGCCUGGGUGGCUACAUGGGCAGGUCAAGUGAAAAGGACCGAGGGGAGACCGGUCCAAGGGGAGCACUGGUCCUGGAGCCCACCGGAGGGGUAGGCUGGGUGUGGCUGGGCCUCCCCAGUCACGGGGGUGCAGGAGAGGUGAGGACGUGGCUGCUCUUGUCAGGCUCCUCCAGGAGCGGGGAAGCCCCGGAUCGGGGGGAGCUGGUGCUGCGUUGUUUUCCCUUCACCACCACAGGCUGGGGAGCCACUACAAAGAGUCGUCUUUACCCCUGACGAUGAGUCUGCCGGCUUUAAGGAAAAAAACAGGUCAAGAGUCGGGGCGGGGGGCGCAUUUGAAAGAACAGUGGGAAGGAGGUUCUUGGAUACCAGGUGCCCUGGGUGACCAGGGGCUUCAGAGACACGCCCCACUCUUGCAGACAUUUGGGGACGGGACCGGGCCAGCCCAGGCCCCGAGAGCACACCUUCUCUGCCUUUGGAGGGCAGAGACUGGCAGGGCCAUUCCUGCAGGCCCAGGACGAGGCAGGCCCAGGGCACUCACACAUGCCGGCUCCCACCAUCAGUGGUGCAGUGGAAGUCAGGAGGCCGCCCUGGAUCCCUCCCCAGCUCCCCAGCCCCCAGGCUUCUGCCCCGCGAUGCCCCAGGGACUGGCUGCCAUGUGCGGCCUCCGGGGCGCCUGGCCUCUGGACAGUCGGAGGCCAGCUCCAAGGCCCCGGGCGCUGUGCGGGGCAGGACCGCGUCUCCCGCCCUGCACUUCGAGGCCAGCUCCAUUCCGCAGGGGAGCAGACUGAAAGUCUGUCGCAAGGGCUUGCGGACAGAGAGAAUUCUCUGCCAAGAAUGGCUGUGAUGCUGUUUCGUCUCUAGAAAUAGAACCCCUUUUUUACCGCAAUAAAGAAAGAGUAAUAGGUGG